AGGCCGCCGGGGCGGCGCCGGGCGGCGCCGGAGCAGAUGCGCCGAGAGAGGGGCCCUCGGACCUCAGGUGCAAGAGGGGCCACAUCAUGGUCCAGAGGUCCAAGAACCCGCGCGGUUACUUGAACCCCGUUUGCUGCGACAAGUGCCAGCGGGAGAACUUGCCGAAGAAGUGCUCCGUCUUCUUCUCUCCCUGUGCGCGGCCUGGCCCAUCGGGCCCUCGUCUGGGGGCACCGAAAGGUUUGGCUACUUCUUUCACUGCAGCUUCUGCAAAUUUGACGUCUGCCCGAAGUGCUCUACAGAGUGGAAGCACGAGAUGAUCAAGAGAGCCAAGAACAAGACAAAAAGGCGAGCGGCGCAAGGUGCAGAAGGACCGCGAGCACCUCGGGACCACCUACACGCGCGCCCGCCGGGAAGUGCUGUCCACCCUGCCCACGGAGGACACCGCUGUGAGCCGGGCGCCGACUCACGUGACCGUGGUCUCAGAUUGGACGGAGGGAGUCCCGGUGUGACUCAGAAAAAAGCUAGCCAAGC